ACAAAUACUCGUAAUAAAUUAUUAACAGAGGACACAAGUUGACAAAAGACACAAGCGGGGCCAUGGGCCCAUGCCCAUUAUUGCUGAGAUAUAUAGUCCAUAAUUGAACUCGUACUCAUUCAAAAAUUAAAGAAAUUUUCCAUCCAAAAAUAUCUGCAAAAAUUUCUCACAAAGUUUGUUCAUCCAAAAAAAAAAAAAUGGAGCACUCACAUUCAAAUGGUCACACAAAAAAGCUUCAUGCAAUACUAGUAACACUUCCACAACAAGGCCAUGUAAACCCAUUUGUACAACUAGCAAUCAAGCUAGCAUCCAAAGGCAUCUCCGUAACAUUCAUCAAUACCAACCACAUUCACCACAAGAUCACUCUCUCAAACGCUACCGCCUAUGAUGAUAUCUUUGUCGAGGCCCGUAGGCAGAGCCCUACGGACCUCGACAUCGAGUACAUGACCAUUACCGACGGGUUACCUCUAGAGUUUGAUCGAUCGUUACACCACGACCAAUGGGUCGGGGCUACUACUCAUUGUUUCCCUGCUCAUCUGGAAGUGGCUGUCACCAAGAUCUUGGAAUCUCGACCGCCUUCUUCUACUAUUUGUUGCUUGAUUGCUGAUAGUUACUUUGUUUGGGCGUCUAAGUUGGCUCAUAAGUUUGGUUUGUUUCAUGUUUCUUUUUGGACUGAAUCUGCUAUGGUGCUUGAUAUCUACUUCAAUCGUCAUUUGCUUUUGGAAAAUGGCCACAUUGGUCCUGGUUCAAGUUCACGUACGGAUACAAUAACCUAUAUGCCGGGAAUAAGCUCACUCAAAAGGACGGAUUUAACAUCAUAUCUACAAGAAGAGGAUUUGACGACCUUUCAUCCACAAUACAAUUUAGCAUCAUUGGACGACACUAGAAAGGCUCAUUUUAUACUUGGUAACACGGUCCAAGAGCUAGAGGUCCAAACCAUUUCGGCCAUCCAACCACAAGUCCCAUUUUAUGCUAUCGGACCUCUAUUUGCACCCGGGUUUACUAAAAGUCCGGUAGCCACUAGCCUAUGGGCCGAGUCCGAUUGCACACUUUGGUUAGACUCUAAACCUCCUGGCUCGGUAUUGUACGUUUCAUUUGGUAGCUAUGCACAUAUUAAUAAGGAAGAGCUAGAGGAAAUAGCUAAUGGAAUUAAACUUAGUGGGGUCAACUUCCUUUGGGUUAUCCGACCCGAUAUGGUUAGUUCGGAUGUCCCGGACCCACUUCCGGUUGGGUUUAGGGAUGAGGUACGUGAUCGAGGAUUAAUUGUUACGUGGACUUGUCAAAAGGCCGUGUUAGCUCAUCGUUCAGUAGGAGGGUUCUUAACACAUGGUGGAUGGAAUUCGACGUUAGAAAGUAUAUGGUGUGAAGUUCCAUUAUUGUGUUUUCCGUUAUUGACCGAUCAAUUUACCAAUCGUAAACUAAUUGUGGAUGAUUGGAAAAUUGGGUGUAACCUAUGUGAGGAGAAGCCCGUAAAAAGGGAGGAAGUGUUACAAAAAAUUAAGGAUUUAAUUGGUGGAUUAAUGGGAUUUGAACUCAAUGAAAAUGUCAAGGAAAUUAGGCGACUAUUAGAAGUUACAAAGGGGUCUUCGGAGAAAAAUGUUGAUAGAUUUAUCAAGGAAUUGACGAAUGCAGCAGCUUUGAAGAAGAAUGUUGGGUGAAAUUAUGAGCAUUUGAUUGUUAUUUCUUGAUUCAUUUUCAUGCAAAAAAAAUGGAUUGAAAAAAAUUAAUUUUGGAGAAAUUUUGAAUCUUCUAGCUUUAAUCUAAAAGUCUUUAGUAGGAUAAUAAUAAUGACAAAGAAUUGUACACAAAUUUUCAUUUGGUGGACGUGGUCCAUAGUUGUAUGAUAAAUUUAUUUUUCUUGUUUGUUCAUACAUAGUAUUUGAAUUAA